CACAGGAAGCGAACAAUGUUCACUGAGGACCAACUGGAAGCCUUGGAGUUCUUGUUCAGUCAGAACCCGUACCCGCCCCCCAACCUGCAGAAGGAGAUGGCCUCGAAGCUGGACAUCCACCCGACAGUGCUGCAGGUUUGGUUCAAGAACCACAGAGCGAAACUCAAGAGAGCCCAAUGCAAGCAUAUGCAGCAAAAGCAAGAACAAGAGCCAUUAGCUGGCGUGGACCUCAAGACCAGCUCUUCCCAGAGAGACACGCAGGCUCCUCUGGGAUCCUCCAGCGGCGCCCACACCACCUCCCUGGUUUACACAAACCACCCAGUGCCCUCCUUCCAGCUCCGCGUAUGCCCCAAUUCGAAGUCUCUCCCUGACCAUUCUGUCGGCCACAAGAUAGUCCACUUUGGCUGCUGCCAAGACCCUAACAUCUACUCCCUGUGUCCCAUUUAGGAGGCUCAGAUUCUUCCCAGAAGCGUCACUGCUAAUCCCUUCCGUUCCACCACCACAAGGAGAAGCUAGGCACAAAGUCACAUGUCGUCAUGAUUGGCGACGAUGCCCAAACAAGGGACAGACACAAGAGCCACACAGCAUGGAUGCAACUCAAACCCACGAUGCUCCAAGGAAAAGAAGACACAAAAAUGCCCCUGAAUUAAGCCAAGAGAGACAGUAACACGUACUGGGGAAAGUGAUGUUUCAUGUCUUACUUAGGAUGGUGCCUGCUUGGCCGUAUCGAGUCAUCAGAAGACACGGAAGUGUAACACGUACGGCACAAAAAAAUGAUCGUGGCAGCAUGGGGACGUCAGCUAAUGCCACAGUGGUCGUCAUCUUGCAGUAUGUAAAUGUAUCAAAUCACCUUCGUGUACACUUUAAACUUGCACAAUGCUGCUAAUGUAUCAAUUGUACCAAAGUAAAGCUGGGGGGAAAUGUUUUAA